AUGGAAGGUGCUAAAGUCACUACUGGUGUAAGGAAAGGCAAGAAGAAGCAGGUGAAAGACGAGAUUGAUCUAAUUAAACAGGCUGAGAAGAAAAAGAGACGCCUGGAGAAGGCAUUGGCUACUUCUGCCGCGAUCCGUUCUGAGCUAGAAAAAAAGAAACAGAAAAAGAAAGAAGAACAAGAAAGACUUGACGAAGGUGCUGCCAUAGCAGAGGCGGUUGCUCUGCAUGUCCUACUUGGCGAAGACUCGGACGAUUCAAGUGAACUAAUGCUGGAGAAGGAUGAGGGGCUGGCCUUGUGGGAUCAUGCUAACAACAUGGACAUCAUUGUUGGGAGACACUCUUUGGUUCCUUACCAAGAUUUCCCCAAGUGUUCCCUUGACAAUAUUGGAUUGGUUUCUGAUGCUCACAGAUAUGGGCAUAUGUGGAGUCACUGGGGUAACUCUAACCUGUUGGUCUUAUCUGAUCAUCUCUUUGGAAGAGACGUCUACCCUCAAUAUUUUUCUGAACAAGGAUGGGGCUCCGUGGGUUUAUCUGCUGGUCAUCUUGCUGCUCAGGCUGUUUCGUCACUUAAAAUAGCUGACGAUGCUCACAUUGAUGCUUAUAUGUUCAACCGGAUGCUGAGAGGAUGA